AAAGAAUGCUUCGAGAUGGGAGAUUCUAUACAUCGGUGACGCGCCUAUUCUGGGCCAUUCAUUCAGGGUUUGUUGCUUGCUUCCUUAGUAGUUGAUAUAAAGCCACUCGUCACAACUAUGGAGGUUCAAGCCGUUCCAAAAGCGAAGGCUGUCUCUCGCAAACCAUCCAACAGAAACAUCACCGAGUCGCGGGAAGACAAGCAGCGACUAGCAGAGGCGCGGAAAAAAUACGGACGAGGCAAACAAAUCAAUGCGAAGAGCGUGAAGGACAGGAAGUUACGAAGCAAUCUAAAGAGCCUGGAAGCAAAAUAUAAAGAUGCAGCACUAAAGGCUAAGGACGCGGAGAUCCUGUUGGAAAAUGAGCACGGUUACUUGGAACCCGAAGGUGAGCUCGAGAAAACGUAUAAAGUACGACAAGAUGAGAUCAAGGACAGUGUGGGCAUAGAGACGGCAAAGAAGGGAUUCGAACUCAAGCUGGAGGACCUGGGUCCCUACUCGGCUGAUUAUACGAGAAACGGACGAAAGCUAUUGCUGGGUGGGCGGAAAGGUCAUGUCGCAACCAUGGACUGGCGAGACGGGAAGCUGGGAUGCGAGCUGCAGCUCGGAGAGACAGUGAGAGAUGCCAAAUGGCUGCAUAACGAUCAGUUCUUCGCUGUGGCGCAGAAGAAAUAUGUCUACAUAUACGAUCAUGCAGGGGUUGAGAUACAUUGUUUGAAUAAGCAUGUCGAGGCUACACAUCUAGAAUUUCUACCUUACCAUUUUCUCCUUGCCAGUGUUGCCACCAGUGGAUAUCUCAAGUACACCGACACAUCGACCGGCCAACUAGUAGCAGAACUAGCGACCCGUCAGGGCUCGCCGACUUCCCUUUGUCAAAACCCCUAUAACGCCAUCCUACACGUCGGACACCAAAACGGCACCGUUUCUCUCUGGUCUCCCAAUUCCUCAACAUCCCUCGUCAAAGCACUCACCCACCGCGGGCCAGUUCGGUCAGUAGCGGUCGACCGACAAGGCCGAUACAUGGUAUCAACAGGUCAGGAUUUGCGCAUGGCAGUAUGGGACAUCCGCAUGUUGAAGGAGGUUCAUAACUACUCCGUCCCCCAGCCUGGCUCCAGUGUAGCCAUCAGCGACCGCGGCCUCACCGCCGUUGGCUGGGGCACACAGCUCAGUGUUUGGAAAGGAUUGUUCACCGCUGCAGCUGCAGAACAGGAGAAGGUCCAAAGUCCAUAUAUGGCCUGGGGCGGCGACGGGAAACGCAUUGAGCGCGUCCGCUGGUGUCCAUAUGAUGAUAUUCUCGGCGUGUCGCACGAGAAAGGAUUUGCCAGCCUAAUCGUGCCGGGCAGCGGAGAGCCUAACUUUGACGCUUCCGAAGCCAACCCAUACGAGACCACGAAGCAACGACAGGAGGCAGAAGUCCGAGGACUGCUUACGAAGCUGCAGCCAGAGAUGAUAUCGCUCAACCCUGACUUUGUGGGCAAUCUUGAUCUCGUAAGCGAGGCUACGCGCAGAAAGGAGCGGGACCUCGAUCGGAAGCCUGAUGAUAUUAUUGAGAAGUUGAAGAAUCGGGGUCGUGGGAGGAAUAGUGCGUUGCGCAAGUAUUUGCGUAAGAAGGCGGGGAAGAACGUUAUUGAUGAGAAGAGACUCAAGGCUGAAGAGUUGCGGAAAGAACGGUCGUCUAGGGCGAAGGAGAAUCUUCAGCGCGAGAAGGCUGGUUUGGGGCCCGCCCUUGGACGGUUUGCGAGGGUGCGAUCCUCCUAGGUCGUUAGGGUGUGUUUGUCGGUUUUUUCCAGCAACCCAGAGGUCAGGAUACUGGCAAGUAAGUAGCCAUGCAGCUAUCGUCACUGAUUGUUCUGCACCAAUACACUUUUCGUUCGGCAUUUGGUUUAUUUUUGAAAAUACCCAUGGCGUUACAAUAUUAUUUUUAUUCCAGCGUUGCAUCGCACAGGAGUACGUACUGGAUUCGGAAUGGAUAUGGAAUUUGUACGGAUUAGAAAAAAAUUUCGGAAAGGAGAGUAUAGAAAUCAUAAUCUUUUAGUUGAGCUUUGCCACAUAAUUAUAUGAUUGCUAGCCCCGGACCCUCUAACCGCCCCAUCCUUCCACCUCUGCAGGCUAACAUCAUAUGCCCCGCUAGCCUUCCAUGCGCUUAAAAUCAGCUCAACAAUAUGCUCAAUCCCUUUCCCACUCUUCACCUCUGCGAAAACCGUCGGCCCCCCUUCUCUCAUCUUCGCCGCAUCCCUCUCCAUAACCGAUAAAUCUGCCCCGACCGCCUCUGCCAAAUCAAUCUUAUUCACAACCAACAAAUCACUCCCCGUUAUGCCAGGCCCUCCCUUCCGGGGGAUCUUGUCCCCGCCCGCCACAUCGAUGACGUAGAUGAUGAAAUCGGCUAGUUCGCGCGAGUAGUUGGCGGCUAGGUUGUCGCCACCGGAUUCUAUCAGGAGGAGAUCGCUCUGGAAUUGUCGCUGAAGGGAUUGCAGGGCGAGUAAGUUGGCGCUGAUGUCCUCACGGACGGCGGCGUGCGGGCAGCCACCAGUUUCGAUGGCGCGGAUGCGAGAUGGAGAGAGGGCUUUGUUACGAGUGAGGAAUUCGGCGUCCUCCCUGUUUUAAGAUUGGAAGGAACGCGUGAGAUGGGAUUUGCGUUUUGGUUAUAACCAGCAAACAGGAGUACCUCACCUACCUCGUAAAUAUAUCAUUCGUCACGACAGCGAGGUUAUAUUCGUCACGCAGGGCCAGACAGAGUGCCAGCAUCAAUGCUGUCUUUCCUGAACCUACAGGCCUGUAUUAACACAUAUAAGUCAGCAAAUAGUAUCGUAUCGCUAUAGGAACGUAUGUCAUAUACUCCGUCCCAUAGAUAGCUGAUCUGGACUGCCAGAGCUAUACAAACCAAGAGAGGGGGA